GCUGCCUUUUCGCGUUCCCUCCCGCGACGCGACUUCUUCUCUUUCUCCUUCCCGGCGCGUCUGCACCGGCGGCGGCAGCAGAAGCGGCGGAAAGAGCGGCAGAUGCGGCGCGCAUGGGAGGAGCGUCCGCCGGCGAUGGCUGAGGAGCGCGUGCGCCCCUGAGGAGGAGGAGCAGCAGCAGCAGCAUCCUCAUCGUUGUCGUGGGGGUCCACUACUCUCCCACUUGGAUUAAAACACUUGGCGAGAACCCCUGCCCGCGCCCCCCGCGCGUCCCGUGCCCCCUCAUCUGAAGGAAUAUGCCUCGUUUUGCCGCCAGCUGUGAGGAUCUGUAAGCAGGAGGAGACCCCUCAUCUUCCUCCUCCUCCUCCUCUUCCUCCCUUCCCACUCUGGAGCCCCAUCCCGGACGCCCCCCCCUAGCCCCCCCAACCCAAACCUGUUUUUUCCCCAAGAGGACACAGGUGUGAUCGCAUGGAGGUCUGACGCCCCCAAACUCACCUUGGAGGUCCUCCACCCCGCACCUGCGCCCUCCCUCUUCCUUUGAAGGGCAAAGGGAAGUGUGACCCCCGCUUAAACCCCCCCCCCCACCCACCCAUCUCCCUUUGACCCCCGCCUCCCAAGAAAAUGAGACUCUCCAAAAUGUGCCGCCUGAACGCACUGAGCAUCUACUUGUGGGAGACGCUCGUCUUCUUCAGCCUGGCGGCGUCCAAGGAAGCGGCGGCUCGAAAAGCCGCCUCACCGAUGCCGCCCUCCGAGUUCCUGGACAAGCUGAUGGGCAAAGUGUCGGGUUACGAUGCCAGGAUCAGACCCAACUUUAAAGGUCCUCCCGUCAACGUCACCUGCAACAUCUUCAUCAACAGUUUUGGCUCCAUCGCUGAGACCACCAUGAAUAACACUGAUUCUGGCCUGUCCCAUGGAUCUGAAGAACUUCCCGAUGGAUGUGCAGACGUGCAUCAUGCAGUUGGAGAGCUUUGGCUACACGAUGAACGACCUGAUCUUCGAGUGGGACGAGAAAGGCGCCGUGCAGGUGGCGGAUGGCCUGACGCUGCCUCAGUUCAUCCUGAAGGAGGAGAAAGACCUCAGAUACUGCACCAAACACUACAACACUGGCAAGUUCACGUGCAUCGAGGCCCGCUUCCACCUGGAGCGUCAGAUGGGCUACUACCUGAUCCAGAUGUACAUCCCGUCCCUGCUCAUCGUCAUCCUGUCCUGGGUGUCCUUCUGGAUCAACAUGGACGCCGCCCCCGCCCGGGUGGGCCUGGGCAUCACCACCGUGCUCACCAUGACCACGCAGAGCUCGGGAUCCCGAGCCUCCCUGCCCAAGGUGUCCUACGUGAAGGCCAUCGACAUCUGGAUGGCCGUGUGUCUGCUGUUCGUCUUUUCGGCGCUGCUGGAGUACGCCGCUGUCAACUUCAUCGCUCGCCAGCACAAAGAACUCCUUCGCUUCCGCCGGCGGCGGCGACACAUGAAGGAGGACGACGGCGGCGACGGUCGUUUCAGCUUCCCGGGUUCGGGCUACGGCGUGGGCCCCGCGUGCCUGCAGAAGGACGGCAUGGCGGCCAUCAAGGGCAACAACAACAACGCGCCGGCGGCGGGCGGGCCGCCCGAGAAGAGCAUCGAGGAAAUGAAAAAACUCUUCAUCGGCCGCGCCAAACGAAUCGACACGGUGUCGCGCGUGGCCUUCCCCCUCGUCUUCCUCAUCUUCAACAUUUUCUACUGGAUCAUCUACAAAAUCAUUCGCAGCGAAGACAUACACAAACAAUAAAACACAACGACCGCAAGGACACGAUAUACUCAAACGACUGUCCUCCUCUUCUUUAUCUUGAUCCCCCUCUCCUCCUCCUUUUCUGUGUCCUCCUCUUCAUCACCUAUCUUCAUCCUUUUUCUUCUCUUCGUCUUUUCUCCUCCCCUUCAUCCUCUCCUCUUCCCCAUCUUAUCCGCCUCCUCGUCCUCUUCCUCCUUUUUAGCCCAACCAUCCUUUUACUCACUCAUCUUCUCGUCCUGCUCACCUUCCUCCUCUUGUCUCCGCUCUCCUUGAACAUUUUCGUCUUCCUCAUCUACUCUUCUUCCUCUUUGCAGGAUGGUACACAACAAAGCCAAACACAUUCACAAUCAACUCCUCCUCUUCCACCAGACAGGAAGUGAACAGGAACAUGACAAAUGAACCUAAAAGAAAAAAGGGGGAAAAAAUCUAUUGAGGAGAAGAGGCCACGCCCACCCGGCCAUGUGGGCGGGGGGCCGGGCCGUAUCGCAUUACAAACUCAAGCUCCGCCCUCUGACGGGACGCUACCGGAAUAUUUACGAACAUUUUGCUUCGACGUUAAUGCUAGCACGCUAACCUCAUCACAUGACCCCGCCCCUCCAGCAGCGGCCACACACACACACUCAGCAGUCUGUGCUUUCGGUCAUUAAUGAAUAAUUGUUCAACAGAUAUAUAUAUAUAUAUAUUUUUUUUUUUUUUUUUUUUUUUUUUUAUUGCAGUAAUUUUAUUUUUUUAUAUUGAUAUAUCUGGUUUUUGUCAUUAUUUUCUUGUCAUUUUGUUUAAUUUAUUCAUUAUUAUGAAGUGACUGGUUAUUUCUAUUUUGUAUUACUUUUUUAUUGUAUUUUUGCAUUUGUUUCUUUAUAAUGAUCUUUUUUAUUUUAUAUUUUUAUUUUAUUCUUUUUAUUUGGUAUGAUUGGAUAUUUAUUUUUUUAAUUGUUAUAUAUAUUCCUAAUUUAAAGUAAUAUAAAUAUAAAUAAUCUUUUUAUUUCUUUGCGGUAUAUUUUUUGUUAUAAUUGUUCAUUAUUUUAUCAGGAAUGAUGAUUUCUAUUAUAUAAUUUUUGUUAUUCGUUUUCUAUUUAUUUUUCAUCACAAUUUUUUCUUUUAAUUUUAAUUAUUGUAUUGUAACUUGUCAUUAUUUAUUUAGUUUUUUUAUUGAUUUUUUUUUUUUUUUAUUCUAAGGACUGAUUUCUUUUUGACGGCCAUGCCAAACAAGCGAGCGUUUGACUUUGCCGUGAUUUCGUGCUUCCUGAACUUCGGCUUCUCUAUGCAAAGCGCUCCCUUCGUAUGCAAAUGAUGUCGCCAUCGCCCACCAAUCAUCUGCCGAUUGUGUCGAUCAUCAUCCGUCAUGUGACACCAAGCCAGAACUCAAAUUGUCGCUUUUGUCUCAUUUGGACAAAUGAGAUUUUAAACGACAGAACUCGAUGACAAACUGUCGAAGUUGUCACAUGUUUAGCUUUUCUUUUCUUUUCUGCCAGAUGUUGUCUCCAUCACACUCCGAACCAGCAGGGGGCAGCAGCAACGUGCAAAAAUAUUGUCAACUUCAAUAUUUGUGUUUGAUUUUCCAAGGUCAAAGACAUUUAAAAAUAGCGUACUAAUGCUAUUUAGCUAACAGCUAGCUAAAAUGCAAAUCAAAGCCAAUUAAAUUAGCUUCUGCGCUAGCCUCAUCAGCAGCUGCUAUUUUCAGCCUAAAAAUCAUUCUGUAGUUUUUUGUGUGUCACAUUUUUGAGAAUCAUUUCAUUUAGUGAACGCGAUCGCACAAGCCACUAGCAGCCAAGUUUUUAGGUUGUUGUUUUUUUAACGUCCUGCAAAACAUUUCAUUGUUGACUCACUCGCAAGUUGACAUCGCAUCGCAGCCAACAAAACGCGCGCGCUAAAUAUCGCUAAAAGACUUGACGUGGGACAUAAACAAAAGCUAAGUUGCAAAUAGAAGCUCUUUUUGUGACGCACAAAAGCGCCCUUUAGUGCUUCUCUCGACAUUUACCAACACAGCAAACUUUUAGGUUGUCAACUUAAAACAUUUGCUUUUCAAUGAAUUUUUUGCACACUGAAAAUGAAGCUGAAAUUGUUUUAUUUUGUUUUAACUUUUUCAGCGUCACAUUCCUGCUGCUUGUUUCCAGUAACAGCACAUCCGUCGCCAUCUGGUUGUCACAGAGUCAUCUGUUUGUAACAAAAAAAUGUUUUUAUUACAGUUUGUGCCAUAGCCGCUGCUGCUAACUAGCUAGCUGGCUAACUAGCAAGCUGCCUAACAGUUUGAGGGCUCGCGCGUGAAGGAAAAUAAAAUACAAAACGAGGACUGACAUGGAAACGGGGGUGGGCAAAGUUUUGAUUUUGAAAACCGACACAAGGGCCAAGUCCAAAAAUAAUGUAACUACAUAAGGUCAUUUUCAUUUGUAUGGAUAUUUAUAAUUAUUGAAUUAGAAAUGUCAAUUAUAAUUAAAUUGAGUUUUUUCCUUUUUUUUACAACUGAUUUAAUUGAUUAUUUCCAUUUUUUAUAAUGAUAUAUAUAUAUAUUUAUACACAUGUAUAUAUAUUGAUUAAUAAUUUAAGUGUAUUAGAAAUAAUACAUCAUAUAAAGUAACUUAAGUCGUAGUUUAAAAUAUGCAUCUCCUUGUUUAUUGUCAAAUGAUUUAUUUUGAUAUUUUUCAUUGGAUUAUUUACAAUAAAAUAGUUCAAUGAAUGAGAUUCAGGAAUAAAACUAACAAAUUGAAUUCAAAUUAUUAUUUUUUUUUCUACUUACAAUAAAUCAAAUGUAUAGAUGCAUUAAAAAUAUAUUUAUGAAAAUAUUUUGUAUUUCCUUAUUUACCAUCAAUGAUUUAUUGAGAUGAGUGACUCAAAAUGGUGUGUAUAUUUUGCCCACCCCUGACCUUUGACCCGCAAACAUUUUUGUGCUUCCAAUGGCGUGAGGUCAUGUGACUUUCUCACGUCACAGUUAUGAGGCGUUAUUAAUUAUGACUUGGGAAGUUUGGGUGGGACUUGUAUAUUUUGGGGGUUGUCUUUUCAAGUAGCAUGUUUGAUUUGUUGCAUUUGACGGACGGCCGAGACGAUUGACUCCGGAUUCUUGCCGAUUCUUUUUGCACAUGUCGGAAUGGCCUUACUCUUCUCUUCUCUUCUCUUCUCUUCUCUUCUCUCCCUUCCUUCGUUUCGCUUUUUGAGCUUCUGCGGUGGGCGGCACGAAGCGCAGCGGCCCUCUCGCUUCUGCCAGCCGGCGCAAGCAGGAUGGAGGGGGAAAAAAAAAAAUCUAUAUUAAAAGUCCAGUAAAAAAGUGACUCCAAUCACUUUUAUUUUCUGGAAUCUGAAUAUUUUGCAUGAGUAUGAAGAAAAAGAAGAAGAGAUUGGCAGAUGUUUUGCUUGCACACAACAACAACAAAAAACUGUGAAACAAUUUGAAGAAAAAAAAAAAAGAAUGUAGCGUUCCUGCUGUAUCUGUACAUAUAUACAUAUAUUCUAUUUAUUGAAAUAUGUCCUACUAAUUAUUCUAUUAUUGACCUUUUAUCGACAUAAUUUUGAACAAUGUUGGCGAACGCUUCCUCGAAGAUCUGUCAUGUUCAAAAAAAAAAAUUAAAAACUGAAAAUAAAUCAC